AUGGGGAUUACCACACAACUUGUGCAAAGUAUUCUUUUUGGAGAAAUGUGCAUGUUCACGUUUAUGCUGCUUCCGAUAUCAAAGAACCUCAAAAAGAGAAUGAUAAGGCUUUUUCCAACGUCGAAGCUUUACAGAGGGUUUCUUCAUAUAAUCUAUGUUCUGUUUGCAAUGAUACUCAUAAUGUUUGUGGACUCGGCAUAUAAGAUCUAUACGGGAGAGGAUCACAUCAAUCCUUUCGUACUAUACCAGGCAGAGAGAAACAUGUAUCUGACGGGAUUUACCUUGUUUCUGGGAAUUAUAUUUCGGAUGUUCACUAGAACGAUGUGCCUGCUCUUUAAAGAAGAGGAGUCUGCACAUCUCCUCAGGAAGCAGUCGAUGAAUCAGAAGAAAUAUGUUGAGAAGAUUUUGGAAGAAAAUACAAAGAAAAGCGAAAAGAUAGAGGAAUUGGAAGCAGAGAUUGGAGAUCUGAAGAAAAAGAUUUUGUCUGGAGACAUCUUGAUAAAGCAGCUGAAGAACAACCAAAACGAGUAUUUUAGCCUUCUAGACAAAUACAACGGACUGAGGGAGCAGAUGCAAAUGGAGUCUAAGAAAUCUAAAUAA